GGGAAGAGCUGGAGCCGCAGUGGUAACUGUUCUCUGGACAGAAUCCUGAAUUUGUCUUGUUGGUCAAAGGAUUAAGAUGAGAAGACUGACACCAAGAAUGAUGAAAUGACAUGCUCAAAAUCCGAUGGCUAGGCUAGGAAGUGAAGAGUUGGAAUUCAAACCCAGAUAUUCCAGGCUCCAGAAACUAUGAGUGGAGGAUCUCAAGUUCACAUCUUUUGGGGUGCUCCAGUCAGUCCACUGGAAAUGACAGUCUCACAGGAACCAACUUCUUUAGCGUCCACUGCUGAGACCUGGAAAGAAAUUCAGGUUUUGUACAAUCACCAUUCCUUAAAGCUGAAGGAUGAAAAAUGCAGGCACAAAAGUCUCGAGGACUAUCAGGCCCUGAAACCUCUGGGCCUUCCAGAUCUUCCUCAUGGUCAUUUUCCAGCAAAUUCUAUGAGCAGAUCUGUUCACAUGAAGGAUGACACCACACAUUGCAUUUCUGAAACACAAACUGUAAAGUCCCAGAAGAGUUACCUCUUGGGAAUGAGUGAUAGAACCAGCUCCAGUGAGCAAAUAUGUGGAUUUACGGGAAGAGUUCAGCAUAUUACUAAAGAAGAAAAGUAUCAAAAGCUUUCCAGUGAACUUAAGAAAACCGCAAAUGAACAGCAUGAUCGAUCAAACAUAUGUGGUCAGAACAUUCCAAAAAAUUCCUUUCAUUCAGAUCGCAAGUGUGCAGCUAUAUUGGAUGUGGUCUGUGGUGCUGAACAGACCACCAUGCCAGAAGCUGUCCUCUGUGCACCAACACAGCAUCAUGAAAUGCAGAACCAGUGUCUGGAGGUCUUUCCCUCCAACACAGUAGACAAACCGAGGCCUGAAGGAACAGUUGGGAAGGUGGCAGGUCUUAAAAUAUCCACUGAUACUGAAUUUCUUAGUAUAAUGACCUCCAGCCAGGUUGCUUUUUUAGCUCAAAGGAAAUAUAAAGGGCAGAAGUCUAUAAAUAAAGGGACCAUAAACAUGGAGACUGAACCAGAGGCAAGUUAUGGGGAAAUCAGAAUAACUGAGGAUAAUUUGAUUCGGUCCAAAGAUGAUUCUGCAGAAGGAAACGAAGAUGGACAGAACCAAGCCUGUUCCCUUGAACUUUUUAGUCCUGUUUGUCCUGAAACAAAAAGUAGCCACCCUGUCUUAAGCGCUGAUAAGGACCUUGAAGAAAACAUAGGAUCUCAAGAACUUUUCAAUUUUGAUGAUAAAUUUCAACCAAAUGAGAUACGCAUUGAGUCAUGUAACUCAGGAAUACUGUGUUCUCAACUAAAUACCUUCCACAAAAGUUCUGGUAAGAGAAGUUGGACCUCUGAAGAUAAAUCAGGCCAUCCUCAGGCUCUAUCUGAAGUCCCCCACGUAGCUAAGAAAAUUAAGUUGUUUUCUAAUGAGAGAGAUCAUACUGUAACAGUGGACCAGAGGAGCAUGUCUGGAUUUAAGGGCAUUAAAAAAACCUCAUUAAUAAAAAACUGUGAUUCUGAACGUCAGAAAUACAAUUGCUUAGUCAUGGUGUUAUCUCCAUGUCACAUGAAAGAAAUAAAUAUAAAAUCUGGACCAAAUUCUGGCUCUAAAGUGCCUUUAGCAACAAUUGUGGUAACUGACCAAUCAGAAAUUAAGAAGAAGGUGUUUCUGUGGAGGACUGCAGCAUUCUGGGGACUUACUGUGUUUCUUGGAGACAUAAUUUUACUCACAGAUGUCACUAUCCAUGAGGAUCACUGGAUUGGUGAGACAGUACUGCAAUCAACAUUUACCAGUCAGUUAUUAAAUCUUGGGAGUUAUUCAUCUGUCCAGCCCAAAGAAUAUUCCAGUGUGAUUAGUAAUGUUGUACUUCAAGACUUACUGGCAUAUGUAUCUUCAAAACAUUCCUAUCUCAGAGAUCUUCCUCAGAGGCAUCCUCAGAAAAUGAGCAGUAUAGAAUUUAUAGAGUUGGAGCAGCUUCAGCCAGACAUUCUAGUCCAUGCAGUUCUAAGAGUUGUUGAUAUCACUGUACUAACAGAGGCGUUAUACAGUUAUAGAGGACAGAAGCAGAGGAAAGUUAUGUUAACAGUGGAACAGACCCAAGGUCAACAUUAUGUGCUUGUAUUAUGGGGUCCUGGAGCAGCCUGGUACCCUCAACUUCAAAGGAAAAAAGAUUAUAUUUGGGAAUUUAAAUAUCUUUUUGUUCAGCGGAAUUGCAUCCUAGAGAACCUAGAACUGCAUACAACACCAUGGUCAUCCUGUGAGUGCCUGUUUGAUGAUGAUAUAAGAGCAAUUACAUUUAAAGCAAAAUUUCAAAAAAACACACCCUCCCUUGUGAAGAUGUCAGAUUUAGCAACACACCUAGAGGAAAAGCGUUCAGAACUACAAACAGAUGAGAACAAGAUCUACAAACAAUGUUUUAGCUGCUUGCCAUUUACGAUGAAGAAAAUGUACUAUAGGCCAGCUUUAAUGACCAUAGUUGAUGGAAAAUAUAAGGUCUGCAUCCAUGUGGGAUCAAAGCUGAUAGAGAAGAUUCUUCUCAACAUUUCUCCUGACUGGCUCAGCAGAGUAAUAGCCCCUCCCUCUGAUGUCACCUACGGAAUGGUCGCCGCGGACCUGCUCCAUGCCUUGCUGGCAGGCAGCGGGGCACCUUGUGUCCUGAAGGUGCAGAGCCUCUUUGUGUUGGAUGAGAACAGCUACCCACUGCAGCAGGACUUCUCCCUCCUGGAUUUUUAUCUCAGCAGCUUGAAGCAUGCAUCCCAGUCCUUCUCUGAGACCAGAGGAAGAAAAUGCAGGCGCUUCAAGGAAGAGCACUGAAAUGAUUUGUCUUUGGAAAUGAAUGACAGGGCUUUUGCUCGGGGUUUUAAAAUAAGUAUGUUUUAUAAAGAGAACUGUGCUAAAUAUAUUAAUUAAAACUUUUUUUUCCCUACGAAAAUUCUGUGAAGUUUAUUGUUCGCUCAUUUUUUGGUCUUUCCCUUUCUUGCCUCUAGAGAAAUGAUCUAGCAAUGAGGCAGCAUGCAGCAGGUCAUUAGGGUUAAGCCUCUCUCUGUUUAGUCCCUGCUCCAUUCCAGGCUCUGUGCUAAGUACUGAGACAUGGACCUGAGGAACUGCUUUUCUGCUAUGGUCACACUCCUUCAUUAAUAAACUGUAGACAUGACAUGAUUUCUUUGAUUAUAGUUAUACAUG